AUGGUCAAACCCAAGAAUCGGAUCCCGGAUAAUUGGGUCGAUGUGGCCAAAAUGGGUACACUCGUGGGUACCUCCCGAUUUGCGGCUCUCCGUGUCCCAUUGGACUUCAAGUUUUUGCCUCAAUUUAAGUCAAAUCGCGACGAAUUAUGGACUCCCCACGACUUUUUAGCCCUCCAACGCGACCGGCACUACAACGUCCAGAUGGUUAUUGACUUGACCAAUACCUCCAAGUACUACAAUGGCGAGCGGGAAUUUCAGAAUACUGGUGUGCAGUACAUCAAACUCCCGAUUGAAGGGUUCUAUGGUCCACCUGAGGCGCGAGAAGUGAAUAAAUUCGUGAAACUUGUGGACGAGUUUAUCCAAAAGUCGCCAUAUGGCGCAAUUGCUGUCCAUUGCACGCACGGCCUCAAUCGAACGGGAUAUCUCGUGGUUACGUACCUGGUGAAGCGACUGAGGUACUCGGUCACGGCCGCGCUUGCAGCGUUCAAAGCUGCUCGCCCACCGGGAUUGAUCAAACACAUGUACGUCGAAGAUUUGUACAAACAACUGGGAGCUGGGGAGCAGGUGCAAUGGCCAGUGCUGCCGCAAUGGGCGAGUGCCAAGUACAGUAUGAGGGCUGAUUACAGUCAGAAGAAGAAGAAGAAGAAGGCCAAAGGAGGGGGAGAGCAGUGCAGUAAGAAGAAGGCCAAGGGAGCGGGGCAAGAGUGCAGUAAGAAGGUUAAGGGAGGAGGAAAAGAGUGCAGUCGGAAGGCCGAGGAGGGGGGACAAGUGCCUGUAAAACGCAGCAAGAAAAAGAAACGGUCGAAGACGCUGACCAACCUGGAGAAUGUUGGAGGGGGCGUGCUAGUAGCUCCGCAGGUUGGUAAACCCAAAAGCGUGUGCUAA